ACUUUGCUGAAUUAGUUUGUCAGAUUGAGUAGUUUUUGUGUGGAAUCCUUAGGGUUUCCUAUAUCAUGUCAUUUGCAUAUAGUUGAAGAAAACUGUUCUCACUUUCUAGUCACUUGCCUCAGUUUUGCAAGUUCCAUUUCAGUAUAUGAAGCUUGAAAUGUAAGGAAAAGUGAAGAAGAGAUGUGAUGGAGAAAUUAAAAAUAAGUUUCAUUCUAUUUUUUAAAGUCUUGGAACCCACUUUCAUAAACCCUAAAUAUCCUACAAUUUAAGUUGUUAUUAAAAUUUUAAUUCAGAAGAUUUCCCUAGUCCUCAGCCUUGCUUUUCCUGUGUAGACGAGAGAUUCAGGAUUUGGGACAAGAGAUCCUAAUCUUUGGGACCAAGGGAGACUCUCAAACUCUUCUUUCAGUUCUAUUUUGCUUCAAGUGAAAUCUGAAGUAUUUAAAAAUCCAUCCAUCUAUAACAACACCCUAGGCUUUUUUCUUAUCGUAAAGACUUGAGAAAUUGAGUCUGACCACCAGAAACUGUGACACAGAAAAAGCCAGCUCUUUACCCUGUCCUUAAGUUUUCACAUUACUAACAUUGUUCUGAAUUUUAACUUUUUUAUCUUGCUCUUUUCAGUUAUCUAACACAAGCAUCUCCAUGCCAUUAAAUUACCUUUAAACAGAUAAUGUUUAAUGUCUACAUAAUAUUCUAUUAUAUGAAAAUACACUUUUUUUAACAUUUUCCCUUUUUUGGACAUUUUGGUUUUCAAUUCUUAGUUGUUAUAAACCACUCUCUGAGCAAAAUGUUUUCUUUCAGAGUAUUUCCUGAGCAAAGAUCUCCCUAGAAGGACAAUCAUUAGUUCCAAAAGCAUAGAGCUGUUUUAAAUUCUCAAAACAUGGUAUCAAUUGACUUUCAGUAAAAGAGAGAACCUAUUUCAUUAUACCCUUACCUGACCUGAGUCAUCUUAAAAUAAGGGGGAAAUUUUUGAUUAGGUGGAGAGAAGAAGUGAUAUCUAGUUUAAACUUGUAUUUAUUGGAUCACCAUGGGGUUCAAUUCCCAGCCCUUUGUCUCCUCUCAUCUGUGAAUGUAAUUGUUCACUUCUCUUUUAAGCUGUUAAUGCUUUAAUAAUUUAUACAGGCUCUUUAUAAAAAGAUAAAUCUAUCGUCUGUCAUAUUUAUGGUAGGUGUUUUUGUCAAUUUGAUUUUUGCCCUCAGUGUCCAUUCAGCACAUGUUUAUAUGAAUCUCCCCAAGGCACAGAUCUAGUCGUCAGGAACAAAAUAGACCCAGUCCCUGCCUUUAAGGAUCUUGGGGUUUAAAAGGGGGAGGCAGGCGAAUAAACAGUGCAGUAAAGCUUUCACAUGCUCUGUUAGAAGUACAAAUAGGCUAGAAUGGCAGCACUAACAGAGGUGAGUGGUCAAAUGAAUAUGUAGGGGCCAGGAAUGGCUUCACAGAGGAGAUGAUUCUUAACCAAGCAUAAAAUGCUGAGUAAAUUACUAAAGUGACAGGGGCAAGGUGGGAAAAAGCAUUCCAGGCAGAACAGACACCUAUAGGCAGGGCCAGAGAGCUGGUCAGCUAGGGUUGGGCUAGGGAGUAAAAUGCCAGGCAGAUCCAGAGGAAGAAGAGGCUGGAGAGACCUCAGAACCACAUAAUUUUUAAAAAUUAUAUCCAACUUUUGAUGUUCAGCUAAGUCAAAGUAAGCUUUGCCUUUUUCAUCUCUUACAUAAUAUUUAAGCUAAGAAAGACUUCUCACACGAAGCUUUAAUGCUUCCCUUUAUUUUCCUCUAGUUUCCAUUUUUAAUAUUUUGUUUUUAUUUUACUCUUUACAUUUAACUAUAUAACCCAUCUGUAAUUGCCUUUGGUGUAAGUAAAGUAAGCCUCACUUGAAUCUUUGUUGUUGUUGUUGGUUGCAAUGUUCAUCACACCAACAUUAUCCGUUAAGCUUCCCUUUGUGAUCCUAUUGUGUUAAUGAGCAAAACAGGACAUACCGAAUAUCUAAUAAAAUGUAUUCUCGGCUGGGGGCCAAUGCAAGGGGAAACAAAAGAGCUACUACUGGGCUUUGCUCUUUCACUGAGCUGUCUUAAACACUACAGGUACACCCUCAGCCAUUUAUAAUUUUCGCUCUCAGGAGCAAUACUGCUGCUUUGUAUUUAUAGAUGGCAUAUUUUUUAAGGAGCCAGCCGUUUCCACAGACCGGACUCUACUCUCAUGACCACUGAAGCGGAGAGCGGGUAGAGGGAUAUGUCAUGGCUGCUGGAUUUGUUUACUCUCGCAAGAAAGCAGGUGGCGUCAGGUUUCUUCCCCCUAUGCCGGCUGUAAGUCCAGAGGGGUUGGCAUCUCUGCAUAACACAGGCCAGACCCUGGGUUGUGAGCUGAGAGCUCUGAUUGGUCAGAAAGGCGAGCAUAGCCUGACCACAUUGGUUCUGGGCUCCCCUGUUGUUACUUCACAGCAUUCUGCAGACCUGUCCACCAAUCACAGGGGUCCUUACUGGGUGAAAUGCUAAGGAGUGCCAGGAGCCCCUAGCAACGCUGUGGCUUUUGAAAUCUGGAGAGGGGAACCGUGAGUAAUCGGCCCGAUAGUGCAGGAUAGUACCUGCAGAUGCCUCAGGAAGAGACAGCUCUCGGGAUGGACGCCCCAUCUGCUGAAAAACUAUUAGAAAAGCAAAACAAAAAGCUCGAAAACCAGGAAGAGGAGGGACUGGAGUUUAAGGAACUGGAUGGUCUGAGGGAAGCCUUGGCAAACCUCCGGGGACUGUCCGAGGAGGAGAAGGGUGAGAAGGCGAUGCUUUGCUCCCGCAUCCAGGAGCAAUCCCAGCUCAUCUGCAUCCUGAAGCGGAGGUCAGACGAAGCCCUGGAGCGCUGCCAGGUCCUGGAGCUGCUCAACGCAGAACUGGAGGAGAAGAGGAUGCUGGAGGCCGAGAAGCUGAAAGCCAAGAGUGAGCAUGCCGAGAAGCUGGAGGAACGCUUUAUGACCCUGGCAGCCAACCACGAGUUGAUGAUCCGCUUCAAGGAUGAACACAAGAAUCAGAACAUCAAGCUGAGAGAGGAGAACGAGAAGCUGAGGCUGGAGAAUGACCACCUCUUCAGCCAGGCUUUGAAGGACCAGGAGGUCAAAGUAGCUCAGCUCACCGCCCAGAGCGAGGCCCUGGCCAAGGAGCUGGAGACUCUGAAACAGCGGAGUGCUCAGGAUGCUUGCCAGGCGCAGGCCCGAGAGAAGGAGCUGCUGAAGCUGCAGAGCCAGCAGGCCUGCGCCCACGCCAGGGAGACCGAGCAGCUGCGCAGCCAGCUGCAGAGCCUCAAGCAGCAGCACCAGCAGGCCACGGAGCAGAUGGCCAAGGCCGAGCAGGCACACAGCCUACUGAACCAGGAGCUGCAGGCCAGGCUGCAGACCGUCAGUCGUGAGAAAGAGGAGCUAUUGCAGUUGUCCAUGGAGAGGGGCAAGGUGCUCCAGAACAAGCAAGCAGAGAUACGCCAGCUUGAGGAUAAGCUGGAGACAGCAGAUGUGGCCAGGAGGCACGCAGUGGAGCGGUUUGAACAAGAGGCAGUGGCCGUGGACAGUAACUUGAGAGUUCGGGAGCUUCAGCGCAGGGUGGAUGGGAUCCAGAAGGCCUAUGAUGAACUCAGGCUGCAGUCUGAAGCCUUCAAAAGGCACAGCCUGGAUCUCUUAAGCAAAGAGAGAGAGCUCAAUGCCAAACUUCGCCAUCUCUUUCCAUAAGGAAGCUUCUGCUUCCUCUGGCCUCUCACUUAGACUUCAAGUAUUUGUGCCUUAGCAUAAUGGCAAGAGUAAAGAUGGUAUUCCAUUUAUUAUACUUUCAAGUACAAAAGACCCCUCAAAGAAAAGCUACUUUACUGUGAUGUUGUUGCUAUUGUAAGGAUAACACUAAUUUUAGUGCCACCACCUAGAAUACACUAUAUUUACCAAAUUUCUUUCUGUGUCUUUAAAAUCUUCGUAAGUUUGCUGUCAAUAUCUCCACCUCCCCCAUACAUUUUUCAUUCUCAACCUCAGAUAUCCUAAGUUUUUAAAUUAGCAGUGCUUAUGGAUGUAAGUGAAUCUUAAAAGUGCCUAGUUGGGAUGUGCUAUUGUGAGAAUAAAAAUAGCUUAAUAAGCCCUUGUAAAUAGAUAAGCUUGGAGUCUCCCAUAGUAGCAUAGAUAACCUGCAGAAAAGCGACUGAUUUUGUAACUGGCCAAAGAGUUGCUCACUUUACCUGCUUUAUGGCAAUACCCUUUUGAUUUUAUUUGAUUUAUACUGGCUUGGAAGAGAAAGAUUGAGUUCAUUAAGUUCUAAACUAGGCAAACUUUAUUAUAAUCAUUCUACAUGAGCAAUAAGAUUCAAAUAAGUAAAAUCAACCCAUUUUAAUUUUUCCAGAAUGCUUAGACCACAUGCCAUUUUUUUGGUUUUUUUCCUUAAUAAAAAUUAGAAUUUGAGGUGCAAAAAAGCAAAUUAUCAGUAGUUUCAUUUAAUAUUGCACAUAUGCUAAUAGAGGUCUCCAAUAUGGAAUAACAAGUCAUAGCAGACUGCAUAUGAUAUAUAUAGCAACACACAGCGAUUGCUUUUUUUCUAUGAGCAUAUUUUCUUGCAAUUGUUUCUUUUUUAAAGAAAAACAUCUAAGUGGAAUGUGUAUCUGUAUACUUACAGCAUUGUUGAGAAAUACUUAAAUAGUCGUUAUAAAAACUUGUUUUAUACAAAGUUCUUAAAGAGGUAGUUAUAAAAAUACACUUUAUGCUUCCUUAUUUCUCUGUAUUUAGUUGAUAUAGAGGCAUAUGAUGAAUACUUCUCAAAAUAUAUUGCAACAUAUUUUUUUCACCCACUUGGUGCCAAGAGUGCCCAGAGUUACCUAAUGAUUUGGAUUUAUUAAAAAAUAUUACUUGGUACUUUUUUAAUACACAAUUUUAAGCAUUAUCUAAGACAAUUUGUAGAACCUGUUUUCUCAUGGUUCUAUUAAAAUGGUGGUAUUAAAUACGGAUGUCAAAGAUCCACGUUGCUGGCUUGAAAGGACUACUUACUUCCUCUUACAUGUUACCAAGAAUCAGAAUAUAGGAGCUAAUUUAAUUAUAGACCAUUGAGUUCCUACUAGUUAUCAUUGUGCUGACGCACUUUGUUUCCCCGCCCCCCAACACCAGCACUUUGGAUGUAUUGUUUUGUCUAAUUUUUAGGACCCCUGAAGAAAGUAAUUGUGUUCAUUUUUAUUUAAAAGAAGAAACUGAGAUUCAGUAAUUUGUUCAAGGCCACUUGCUCACUAGGGAGCUGGGAUUUUGAUGACAAUAAAUGAAAGAUUUAUUGAC